AGCUGCUGUGUGGUUUUCUGGAGAGUCCACACUGCAGACUGGAGACUCUGAGCUUGAGGAGCUGCAGUUUGUCAGAGAUGAGCUGUGCUUCUCUGGCCUCAGCUCUGAAGUCCAACCCCUCCCAUAUGAGAGUGCUGGAGCUGAGCUACAAGAACAAGCUGCAGGAUCCAGACGUGGAGCUGCUGUCUGAUCUUGUUAAGAGUCUACACUGCAGACUGGAGACUCUGAGGCUGGAUGACAGAGUAAUCAGGGCUACACCUGACAGACAUGAACGACAUCCGUCCACAUCAAACACAAAGCUCGCUGUGUCUGAGGAUGACAGAGAGAACCAGCUGUGUCCUGAUGAUCCAGAGAGGUUGAAGCAGCAGCAGCUUCUGUGUGGAGAGGCUCUGAAUAUAAAGGAGAAGUUAAGUUUCACACCUGAACUGCUGACUGAGUCUGGAAAGACUUCAUACAGGUUCAGGUGUCCUGGUCCAGGUGUGUUCCAGUGUGCUUUGACUGGACUGGUGUUUGUUGUGGCUCAGGAGGCGGAGCUGCUGUACCGGACUGUCCAAUGGGAUGAGAGCCUCCUCCAAUCAGCCGGCAAGACGGCUGCAGGGCUGCUGUUCAGUAUCAAGUGUCCUGAGAACGCUGUCUGUCAGCUCCACCUGCCACACUGUGAAACAAAGGAUGCUCUGCUGCCUGAUGGUCUGCUGUCUGUCGUCCACAUCACUGAUGAUGGAAUGAGCAUCUUUGACCCGAUGGAGAUUACAGAGACUCAUGUGGUUGUCAAAGUCCCUCACCUCUCUGCCUUCGGCCUAGUCUGGGAUAUCGUUAAGAGGUUGUGGACGACACCAGUUUGCAGCCAAGUUCUGCUGUUCCUCGGACCCCCAAACCCAGAAACACAGAGGCAACAACUCAAAUUGUUUCUCCUGCCGAGCAACAUUCAUCUGGACGAGGUGAACAAACGACAGCAACAGCGACACGCUGAGAACAUCGAGGUUCCUUCCACAUGCAUUCUCAUCGCAGAUGAAAGUUACACUGUCGACUGUCCUCAGGCCAUCAAAAUCCAGCCUAAGAACGCACCUUUUAAAGUGCAAUAUGGACCAAAUUACCACCCAACGUUUGAGAUCCGCCUGCCCACAAACACAGAAGAAGUGACUAUAAAGGUCCAAGACCAAAGAAAGUCGGAGGUCUGGGAGCAUGCAGUUGAUCUGAAAGAUCCGGCUGUACGUGAAGAGAAUCCAGCGAGGCCUCAGAGUGGCUCCCCACAGAGCAGGUUGGCAUCAGUUCGGUCCCAGUUCGUAGAUUCAGUGUCUGAACCUGUUCUGAACCAGCUGCUGGAUCGGCUUUUGCAACGGGGAAUAAUAAAUCAAGAAGAAAUGGAUUCAGCUAGAACCAGAACCAGGGCUGACAGGGCUCGAGAAGUGAUUAAAAUGGUGCGAAACAAAGGAACAGAAGCCAGUUCAGCUCUGAUUGAGGACUUCAGGAAGUUGGAUCCACACUGUUCCCAAACUCUGAAUCUGAGCUGAAGCAGAACUGAGACUCUGCAAAUGAAACAAGAAGACAUGGACGUCAGUUAACUGUGUAAAAAUACACAUGUUAAAGGAUUUAUCACUUAACAAAAUACAAAUUGGGUGAAAAGAAUAAAAAUCUAUUUCAAAUCAAUAUUUGGUGUGACCAAACUUUGCCUUCAAAUGGGAUCAGUAAAUGUAAAUCGGUAAACUUUCACAGUGAGGGACUUUUUAGGCACAUUGUCAGGUGUAAGAUUAAACAGGUGCUAAUGAUCAUAAAUUCAAUAUGUAUGUUGAAACACAAUCAUUACGUGAGAAACAGCUGUGUGGGAGGAAUACAACAGGUGAGGAACAGCCAAACUCAGCUAACAAGGUGCUGAAUACAGUUUCCUGUCAGGCAAACCUCAGAGCAAGACUGAACACAGCAAAAAGACACAAGCAAGGUCUCUACCAGGGAUACAUUUCAAGCAGACAGGGGUUUCCAGAUGUGCGGUCCAAGCUCUUUUGAAGAAGCACAAAGAAACAGGCAGUGCUGAGGACUGUAGAUGCAGUAGUUGUCCAAAGAAACUUACUGCAGCAGAUGAAAGACACACCAUGCUUACUUCCCUUCACAGUCAGAAGACGUCCAGCAGUGCUUGAUACUUUUUUGUGUGGUGGGUUUUACAGUUUGUUUUACAUAUUUGUAUUAUAUUUAAUGUCUUUUGUGUUUUAUGUUCAGAGUCCCUGCAGGCUUUUCUCUCUUUGGAAAAAUAAAGUUGACAUGAUCAAUAAA